GCACUUUAUCUGCAUUUCAUUUAUACUACGUACGUGCAUACUACAUCCAGUUACCUACCUUUGAUAAACAACUUCACUGUGGUUAGACGAAUCGUAAAAUGGCAAGAGAAAUGCACCGAAAACGAAAGUUGGAUAAUAGGAAGAGCCAUGGAUCAUCAAAGUGAAUUAGAAAAGAAAAAAUACAGAAACUGGGUGAGAGGUGGACUGGCAUAUAAAUAUCUAAAAGAAGGUAUAGAAGGAUUUGCUGAUGAAGUGGUUCAACAAGAACACACUCGAAUUCUUACCGUUGUCAGUCACACACCUGGCUUCACCUGUAACCAGUGUUGUUUAAGAAACUUGCGACCAUUACAUAAAUGUGAGAAGGAACCUGUUACAGGUAGAAACAAGUGUCCAUGGAGUCAGUCCAACUGUAACUGCGUCCAUCCAAAGAAGCAGGCGUGUCCAUAUAAAGUAUGUGACAUGAUAAUGGAAGACAUACUUAAAGGCCAUGGAUCCACACCACCCACUCCAAACUGGAAAAAUACAGAGAUACAAAAAUGGUGUAUAGAUCCAUGGGAGGUCGCCAAAUGUUUCAUCAAUGCACCGGGAUAUUCUGACAAGACAAAGGCAGCUGAUAUUGACACUCCAGGGCUGAUUCAUAUAUUUAUCAACAACAUCAAUCUUCAGGCACACUUUUCAGACAACAUUAAUGGGAGCGACAUUUUUAAACAGACUAUACAAAGAAGAAAUGAAUUAUUCCAUUCACCAACCAUGGAGAUGGAAGAUACCGUAUUGGAUAAAUGUAUAGAUGAAAUUAUAGCAAUUCUUGAAGACGAAAAAGAGUUGAAAGUAAGACAUGAUGCCAAAAAAGCUGUCUUCAAACUGAAACAGUUAAAACAGGAGAGCUUUAUCAUUACUACACACGACGAGACCGAAGUGUGCAGAGAUGCUCUUGCCUCCAUUACCAACAAGUCAGAGGAACUGAAACGAACGAUUCAAGAUGCAAAAGAUGACAUUGUAAAGAAACAAAAAGAAGUAACAGACGCAAUCGAAGAGGUAAAAGAUGACAUUGGCAAGAAACAAAUAGAAGCUGUAGACGAUAUUAAAAAUAAAACACAACUAGCUCUACAAGACACCCUGCAAGAAUUUGAUAAACAUAGUGUGUACGAAAGAUUAGACCGGCUUGAGUUAGAGAGUUCUGUUUCAAAACAGCGGCUUUCAUUACUGGAGAGCAAAGUUGACAAGCUUGAAAGUAUACUCCAAAAUCGCCAGAAACAGUUAGACUAUGUUAAAGGAAAGCAAGUACUGCAGAAAAAGUUGGUGACAAUGUACCAGAAUCAUUACGUAAAAACAUCUAUUUCACCGCUUAAAUUGCAAAACGACUUUAUCAACAUAAAAGAAGUAUAUGUAACUCCGGAAAUGGUUAUUGAAGGUAACAUAAACACAUAUGAAUCAACACCAACAGAAAACUCACUGGACAUACCAAAUACCAGAACAGUACACCAAUAUCGAGAUAUAUUUCAAACAAAUUGUGAGAAGCAGCAUAAAACAAUCUAUAUUUUAGGUAAUGCUGGUACAGGAAAAAGCACAUUUGCCAAAAUGAUGAUUCAAAAUUGGUGCUCCGCCGUCAAUGAAGACAACCCUAAUGACAAGUCUGAAGACCCUGACGAAUCGGAUUCUGCAUAUUUAAUGCAAUGGUUAGCAGUUAACGACGAAAAUAUCAACGAGAUGAAAAACUACGAAUUUCUUUUCUUCGUGCCCUUACAGAGAAUGUCAGGACUUGCUGAUAUUACUGAAAUGAUCAAAGCGAUUACCGCAAAUGCUGAUCUUGCUCCAAAUUACCUCAUAGACAGACUUCUUGAGCAAGAAUCGGAACGUUGUUUCAUCGUAGCUGAUGGAUUGGAUGAAUGGACUCCUCCAAGAAAUGCAUCUGUUUUACAACAUACCAGUUAUGGUGUACCUGCUAGAGACAGAGCAAAACAUGCCAGACUCGUUACACUUUCCCGGCCGUCAGCAAAGGGAAUUCUAAACAUGAAGUCUUCUGAAUACGAUCUAAAAGUGGUAUUAGUAGGAAUAAACUCUGUUCAGUAUUUCAUUGAAAAAUACCUGUCAAAAUUCAAUAAUACAGAUUUGUCAUAUUGGUCAUUCAUGAAGAAAUUAAAAAUGGCAAACUAUGAACCGCUCGAGAACACGCCUCUCCUCUUACAACAACUCGUAUGGUUAUACGGUUCCGGAAAUGAGGUUGGAAUAUCUGUUAGCGAUACAUAUAUUCAUAUCUUGAAUAUCAUGCUUGGCUGGGCUCAUAAAAAAGAAGAGGGAGAAGACAAUGAUCAAUAUCAGGUUGACGUAGCAAACCAGGAGAAAGAUAUGCAGCUACCUAAACCUUUACAGAGAUUUCCAAGAUGCGAGGCAAACAAGCAAUUUCUACUACCGUUAGCUAGAGUUGCAUUCGAAGCAUUAACGUCGGACAUGCGUUCAAGCACAUUCGGCCGAACAUAUCUUCAAAAGAGAGGUGUGUCAAAAGAGUGCAUAACUUCACUCAUUAGGUUUGGUAUUCUGGUAGAAAAUACUUGUUUUGAUCCCACUCAAGAAAAUACUCAACUGGAGUUCAUUCACGUGUCUUACCUUGAGUUUUUCGCUGCUGUGCAUAUUUCAAUACAAUUUGAUGAAACACAACAGUGUUCAGUACUUCAAAGAACCCAUUUGCAGGACCUAAUCCAAACAUGUAAAUCUGCUGGCGACGUUCUACAGUUAUCAAAUGUGCUUAAAAUGAUUUGUGGAUUAUCUCCAUUCCUACUAUCAGAACUGUCCAAAUUAGUCUCAGACAUUGUAAGUGGGGACGACAGAAUGUUCAGGUACAGAAACUCUCUGUCAGAGUGUAUGUUAAGCAGGCUUGGCCAUGUAUCAGAUCAGAUUCAGUAUCUGAUAUUCAAUUGCCUAUGUGAAUGUGAUCCAGAUAAUCAGCCGAUGAUCACUCUUCGUGAUGUUAUCUUAGACUACACUGCACAAAUGUCCUUUCUACAAAGAAUAAUACAGAAGAAUGUGUUAUCUCUUAAUAUACAGUAUCUCGCAGCUGAUGGGCAAGUAUGGAGAUGGGUUUCACAGCUGAAACUUCUACAAUAUAUAUACAUUGGUUUUAGUCGGAUGGCGCAUAGUGAGAUGGCAUCGAUUGCUUCAUUAAUAGGUGAAGUACCAUUAAAAAAGCUUUCAUUGUGCUCAUUAGGAUGCAACUACUGUGACUGUGAUGGUCAUGAAAUUGAUCUUUCCAAAAAUGACCAGAUUCAGAAACUUGAGCUUACAGGCUGCAAAAGAGUGUUCAUUUCAAACAUAAAUACUAAACCUCUUGAAAUAGUGCGUUUGGACUCUUCCAGUAUAUCAUAUAUUGGCCUUCUGUUAAAUGCUGUCAAUCUGGCGGAACUUUGCCUUGGACAUACUCUCUUUGAUUAUUGUAAAUACAAUAAACAAGUGGCUUCUGUGGUUCAUACCUUACAGAAACUAAGGAAAUUGAAAUUAGAGAAGGUAGAUAUUGGUGAAAAUUUGCUUGUGGUAAAACCAGUGAUGAAAAACCUUGAACUCAUUGUAUUAUGGGAAGUUAGAAUGAGCAUACAGACAUGGUUUAGAUUCGUAGAUAGUCUUCUUUCUCUUCAACAGUCUGUGCAGUUGAAUACAGCAUAUUGUCCUAAUUGUGCAGAAAUAGACGGAGAGGGACGUAACUACGUAAACAGAAAUGCAACCUUAUUUGAAGUGUUAAAAAAUGACCGGAACAGUUUCAGUUUUAGAACAAAUAAAUAACUGUAUCAAAACUUUUCACCAUACAGUUUGACACUCGAGAAUAAUUUGAAAAAUUCAAAAUUUGAAUAUUACAUCAUAUCUGAUGAACAAGUUUCAAAUGAAUAUUCAAAAUUAAGAAAGCCCGUUUAUAAGAAGCAAUAUUUAGAAUACUAAAUAUCUCUUUGUGAAUAGAAAUCCUAUGUAUGGACAUAUUCAUUUUCCAAAGAUGAAUAAUUUUCGUCCAGCCACUUUCCAAAUAGAAUCUAUCCAGUUGAAAAAAAAAUCAUCAAAACAAUAUAAGGUUAAUAUGUAAUAGUUAUAGACAUAUGUGCUUAUAGAUGAAAUAAUAUUAUCUGAUGAGGACAUAUCGAAACUGUUCUGCUUACAAAUAAAAAACAACACAGACACCUUAUUGUUUGUAAUGAUGCAACUUGGCGUGAUAAUGUGGGUUUGAUUGUCUGUUUGGGUGUAACACCAUUUUCAACAGUAUUUCAGUUAUGUAACUCGGUUAUGGAACCAGUGUUCCUGAAUUCUGUACCAGCACAAACCUGCUCUCCGCAAGUAACUGCCAUCUUCCCACACAGAGGCGGAGAAGGAAUGAUUUCAGACGCAAUGUCCUUUAUCAAAUUGUCACGGAGAACAUACACCCCACCCGAGGAUCGAACUCACGACCACCCCGCGAUCUGUAGAUCUUUGCUCUCUCUAUUGAGCUAAGUUGUUGGGCUUGUCGUCUUCUUACAUGAAGAUUUCUAUAAAAAUAUAUAUUUGGAACAUGUAUUCGCAACCAACCUUUUCAAAUAAAACAGUUAGACGUUUCUUGCGUAAACUUUCAAAUAAUCAGGUCACAUACUUACAAAACUCAUUUCGGUCUCACCUGCGCUUGAUAUUGAAAUUUUAUAGCAUAUUUUGCUAGAACUUCAAGAUUAAAUUUCAAUUGAGACUUACCAUCAGUAUGAAAUAAUCACGUGAAAAUAGCUUUCAUUUUAUAAUUUGAUUUUAAAAACAUUAUCUAUAUAUAAAUGACAAAUAAAGUUUCAUUAUCAUACUCGAGCUGAAACUGUAAGGUCAGACUUUAGAUACUAAACCAUUAAUAUUUUUUUCAACCCUGAGAUCUAUUUUGCAUGAGUUUCAUUAUUAUUCAAAUUAUUCAGUUUGUUUGUAUAAAACAAAUUUAUAUAUAUA